ACAGAGAUCGGCAACGAACGCAGUAUCGAAUUGGAAACUUUCGAGAGAACAUCAUAUGCGUUUGCCAUCGUAACACGUUACACCAAUCACGAGUACUUGUAAUACUAAGCAAGGUCUUUUCAUACUAUACUUUUUUUUUGUUUUGUUAUUACAUCUCAUUCUAACCGAUCUUUAUAUAAAUACAUAUACUAAUACACACGUUUUUCAAUUGAUAUCUUUGAUUCACACGUUAUCAAUUUUAUAAAAAUAUUUUUUAUAUCAUUUUGAUCUCAUUUCAUUUCAUUUUAUUGUGAUAAUAAUAAAAAGGAAAAGAGUAUUGGAGUUUUUGGGAUCAUAAUAAACGUGAGAUUUUACGUUUGAUUAUAAUCAAAAGUGACAACGAAUAUUGUUAUAGUUAUCAUGCGAUCAAAAAUGAUUGGAAGAUUAUUUAUAAUAUUUCCAUUAUUGAUAUGGAUAAUUGCGGAUCAAACCCUAGGACAACCAAACGAAUCUGUGCCUUCGAUUAUUUUAGGUGGCAUUGAAAAUGUUGCUUCUAGUGCUACCAAUUUUCUCAAAGAUAACGACCCAAAUAGUCGAGUCAAAGGUGCAACUAUCUGUUGCAGUAACCAGAGUCGUGAAACGACAGAAAGACCUGUUGCAUCGCGUGACUGAUACCGCUACGGAUUACAUCGUCAGUGCAGUUGAAAGUCCAAGAAAUUUAUUGAUCAAUGCAACCAGAGCAACAACAGGAAUUAUCGACAGUGCAGCAUCCAAAGGAUUAGAAUUUAAACUUCGAAGAUUUAUUGAGAAGUUUCGUUCACGAAUGCGUUAUGGUAUACCGGAAUUGGAUAUACCACCGCUAGAACCAUUUCAUCUCGAUGAAGUUCGCUUCGACACUGAUAAUCCGCAAAUUGGAAAUGUUAGUGCAGUUGUCAACGAUUUAACCAUUUAUGGAUUAUCAUCAUUUUUGAUUGAAAGUGCAAAACUAUCACUGAUUGGUCCAACAAUUUCAGUAAAUCUUCUAUUUCCGGAACUUUAUGCAACCGGUAAUUACAACGUAUCCGGUAUACUCGGUAACAUGUUUACGCUGUUUGGUUCUGGUCCAUUCAAUGCAACGAUUUAUGAGUUUCGUCUUAAAGUGACAGUAGUUGUUGGAUUUUCAAGGGGUUUGUAUAUCAAGGAUCUCGAUCUUGAUUUUACUCUGUCAUCGGUUUUGUUCAACAUAGAAAAUUUUAUGGGUGGCGAUGAAAUUGGCAAACUUAUGAACCAGGUCUUUCAAGAACUGACUCCGCAAAUAGUAGAAAUCAUUAAGCCAGACAUACUACCAGGAAUCAAAAGUUACGUUAUUAACAGAGUCAACGAAACGAUUCGACAUUUGACCAUGAGAGACUUGAUUCAUAUUCUCUUAGGAGAAAACGAAAUUCGUGAUAUUGCUGAUCUAAUCAUACCAUGAUAUUAAAUUAAAUAUGUCACACGUUUUUUUCCCCACUUCCUUUUUCCCCUAGUUUCCCUUAAUUUCUUUUUCUGAAAGAACUUUUAUAUCUUCUCUCUCCUUUUUUUGUUCUUUUCUUGUUCUUUUCAUUACUUCAUCCUACUGUUUUUGUUUAAUUAUCUUAUAUAUAUUUUUUAUUUUGUUAACUAUCAAGAUUUUUAUUCUCAAUUUUUGUGAAAAUUCGAUUGUCACACUUUCGAAUAGGAAAAAGAAGAAAAAAUACAAAUAAAUGUAGAUAAAUUUGCAUAAAUAAUAAUAAAUAGAUUGUUUUUAAAUGCGUCAUCUAACAAUAAUUGAUACUUAUCGAUUAUUAUUAGCAUAAUAAUUUUUAUUUUUUUAGAAUCUCAGGAAAUGAUCGACUAGUUUUAUGUCGACAUAAAAGGUGUGGUUUUAUUAUUUUUGGUUUUUUUUUUUUG